AUGAAGCGUCACUUUGAAAUUGUCAAGAUCAUAGCAACAAUGGAAAUUUAUAUUAUGAAAAAGACAGCGUUGUGCGCUUAUUCAAAGUUCGUAAAAAGUUGCUCGCCGUUCAAGUGGACCAAAAUUUUUCUGAAAUUUAUGGCCAUCCACUACGCUUUGAUCACGAGAAACGUUUUAAAAAGUGAUUUUAAAAAUACUUGUUUCGAAAUAGAGAGUAUGAAUAUUUUAGUGCUGCAAGCCAACGUAAAAACUGACCGACCGGUAGAAAGCGAUAAAGAAUAUAUGGAAGUUUCCAUGGUUCUAUAA